AAGCUCCAAGGAGUCUCUCCACAGCAGCUCUGCAAAGAAGCUCCACAGCUACCAGACCCACUCUGAAGAUGAGUCCCUCUGUCAGCCUGCUGCUGCUGCUCCUGCUCGGCCUCUCUCAGGCUCAUCCUCUCAUGGAGGAAAGAGGAGGAGGAGAGGGCCAGGUGGAGGAAGACCACACCACUGAUAUCACCACCAGGAUUCUGACCGCAAACAAUGGCAGCAAUGAGAUCCUGCUGGAAGGAGACAUCCUGCUUCCAAAAAGCAGAAAUGCCAUUAAAUGCCAGAGUUACCAGAGCUGCCUGUGGCAGAAAGACAACAACGGCCUGGUGACGAUUCCCUUCACCAUCAGCAGUGAGUACAGCAGCGGGGAAAGGCAGCUGAUCAGAAAUGCCUUGCAGUCCUUCCACAGCCAGACUUGUGUCCGCUUUGUCGACCGUCAGUACCAGAACGACUACAUCAGCAUCGAGAGCCAGAACGGAUGCUUCUCUCCUCUGGGCAGACAGGGAGGGAAACAGGUCCUGUCUCUCAACAGGCAGGGCUGCAUCUACUUUGGCAUCGUCCAGCACGAGGUCAACCACGCUCUGGGCUUCCAGCACGAGCAGACCAGGAGCGACCGCGACUACUACGUCAGGAUCAACUGGGAGAACAUCGACCCACAGAUGGCCUACAACUUCGACAAGCAGGACACCAACAACCUCAACACUCCCUACGACUACUCCUCCGUAAUGCACUAUGGAAGAACAGCCUUCUCCAUCAAUGGCAGGGACACCAUCACCCCCAUCCCCAACCCCAACGUCCAGAUUGGCCAGAGGCAGGGCAUGUCCUACUGGGACAUCACAAGGAUCAACCUGCUGUACGGCUGCUGAAAACACACGUUAACUUGUCUGAUUUGAGCUUUUCAUUUGUUCCCAAAGGUUCUUCCACUUAUGUGUUCACAACCAAAAGUGUUUUAUAGGGAGACAAUGAGCUGUAAUGUCAAACACAUAAAUAAAGUGCAUUAAAAUGG